AUGAUGACUAUUUCAAAUAAGAAAUUUACUCCGCUAGAAGUUGGUACCGCAGUUAAAGUUUCAAUACCCGAUGUUGAUCGAGCACGUGGAUCACCACGAAACCUAUUGGCAGUUAUUAUCCAGGUUGAAGAUGAUUUAUAUAAAUUAGGUACAGAGAACGGCAUUAUUAAACAUUUGUGUACUCGAUCGCAGAUCGAUCCCUGCAAAGAAUGUUUCAUUGAUUUGGUAUCUGUAAAUACCGAAAAAGAAAUUGGACUGAGAGAAGCUGCAGGAUUUAGUAGUGUCACUGGAUCACAAGGUUACAAAAGGUGUAAUUGCAAACUAAAGUGCAGAACAAACAAAUGCAUUUGUCGAUUAGCGGGAAUAUUGUAUGAUUCAAAAUGUCACAACAGCAUGCCUUGCGAAAAUAUAUAA